GGGCUGCUGUGCGGCGCGCGGCCCGGCCCGCUCCCGCUCAGGUCGCCUCAGGCAGCGGCGCUGUCGUCGAGGGCCGGCCAGUCGCGGGGCCGGAAGGUGCUGCUGUCCGCGCUGGGCAUGCUGGCGGCGGGCGGGGCCGGCCUGGCCGUGGCUCUGCACUCCGCCGUCAGCGCCACCGACCUGGAGCUGCACCCCCCCAGCUAUCCCUGGUCGCACCGUGGCCUGCUCUCCUCGCUGGACCACACCAGCAUCCGGAGAGGUUUCCAGGUGUACAAGCAGGUGUGCUCCUCCUGCCACAGCAUGGACUACCUGGCCUACCGCCACCUGGUGGGCGUUUGCUACACAGAGGAGGAGGCCAAGGCCCUGGCUGAGGAGGUGGAGGUACAGGACGGCCCCAACGAGGACGGGGAGAUGUUCAUGCGGCCAGGGAAGCUGUCAGACUACUUUCCCAAACCCUACCCCAAUCCUGAGGCUGCUCGAGCUGCCAACAAUGGGGCUUUGCCCCCUGACCUCAGUUACAUUGUGCGAGCCAGGCAUGGCGGCGAGGACUACGUGUUUUCCCUGCUGACCGGCUACUGUGAGCCACCCACUGGGGUGUCACUGCGAGAAGGCCUCUACUUCAACCCCUACUUCCCUGGCCAGGCCAUUGGCAUGGCCCCCCCAAUAUACAAUGAGGUGCUGGAGUUUGAUGAUGGCACUCCAGCCACCAUGUCCCAAGUGGCCAAGGAUGUGUGCACCUUCCUGCGCUGGGCGUCUGAGCCAGAACACGACCAUCGCAAGCGCAUGGGGCUCAAGAUGAUGAUGAUAAUGGGCUUACUGCUGCCCCUGGUGUAUGCUAUGAAGCGGCACAAGUGGUCAGUCCUGAAGAGCCGGAAACUGGCAUAUCGGCCACCCAAGUGACCCUGCCCAACACUGGCUGCU